UCGCCGCGCGCGGGACGACAUUAGGGACUCGGCGAUGCGCAGAAAGGAUCGAUGGGAUUUGAGCGAGAUGCCCGGACGACCGAGAGCUCGCGUGGAGUUUACACUUGGGGGUUGUCGCCACGGCAGCGCAGCUUAAGCUUUCCUGCGCGCUGCCAACUUCGGUCAACGAUUCGCAAUCGCCUCAGUCGGUAUUGAGUCUGGCGAACAACGCACGUAAGGAGGGAGAGCAUGGAGGCGGCAGCGACAGACGUCUUCCCCCCCUGCCGGUACACACACGAGGCGGUGAGCGGCCGGUGGGCUGCUUGUAGACGCACGGAGAGACAGACUAGGCCCGUCGCAAGGAUGUGGAGGAGGGCCUCCAACCGCCUGCGCCGAUUGCUGCUUCUGUACGGCAUCGCUUGGCUGCGGUUGCAAGGGGUGCAUGGAGAGAUGGGCAACCCGGUUGAAGCCAAGGGUACCCAGGGUGACUCAAUAACACUCCCCGGUGCAGUCAACAUGGACGAUGUCUUGUUUUUAACGUGGAGCAAAGUAGAGGGUUCUGGUCAGAUUCGCAUUGCCGUCUACAUGUACAAGCCUAAGGGCGCCGGCGAGCAGUCCAAUUCUUUAGGACCUUUGAAAGGACGGGCAGAGUUGACUGAUAGAGGCUCUCUCAGGAUAAAAGACCUGAAGCUUCGAGACGAGGGGAUGUACGUACUAACAGCCCUGCUGGAGGGAGUCGGAACACAAGAGAGGACCGUGUCCCUGGAAGUCAUAGUGCCUCCCAAGUUGGAGCUGAAUCCGCGACAGGACGUCUACGAGAGGAGGGGGAAGGCGGUCAAGCUAACCUGCACGGUGUCUCACGCCAGACCUAUGGUGAAGUACAUCCGCUGGGAGAAAGAUGGCGGACCGGUGGAUCAGCACCACGAAGCCACGACAUAUCCGGGCAAAGACUCGUACGAAUCCGUGCUGAGCUUACGGAACUUGACCAAGUCGGACUCGGGCAACUACACCUGCGUCACCGGGCACUUGGAGCGGAUUGUGGCGGCCAGCAGGCACGUGGAGGUCCACUAUCCUGCCACCAUUGUCAACGCUUCAGACCUGGUGGUGGCACCUGUACUGACCAAGGUGACCCUGUGGUGUGUAGCAGACGGGAAUCCCCCUCCUAACGUCACCUGGUACAAACUCGGCUGGCAGAACGAACCGACUGCUACACUGGAGCCAUCGGACAGUACCAGAAACAACAUCAUCUUCAACGAGAUCCACAGGAACGAUAGCGGGAAGUAUGCGUGUUCGGCUGCCAAUGGCAUCGGGAAGCAAGACUGGAGAACCAUCAGCCUGGUUGUGCGGGACUCGUCACAUAACUCCGGUAGGUAA